AUGGCGCAGGUCCGAGUGACUCGACUCGCUUUUGUGCACUACCAGCACCCUGACCUCGAAAAAGCGUUGAAAUUCUUCUCUGACUUCGGCACAGUCGAGGAACAACGAACUCCAGACAAAGUAUACCUCCGAGGAUUUGGCAUUGAUCCGUAUAUAUACGUAGCAGAACAAUCGCCGGACUCGAAACGACACUUUGUUGGCGGAUACUGGGUUGUCUCGAGCGAAGAAGAUCUCAAGAAGGCCGCAUCCCAGCCGGGAGCAUCUGCCAUAUACGACAACGACGGACCUGGGGGUGGGAAAGUGGUCACUGUACGCGACCCCUGCGGCUUCCUUGUCGGUUUUGUCUUCGGCCAGCAGCUGCGCAAUUAUGAUGGCACCACCGGCUUGCUCGAGCAGACAAGUCCUACGACAAACUCUCCCUUUGAUAAGCCCCGCAAGGGCAAUGUGCGGCGGUACCGCAACGGCCCUAGUCCAGUCCACAAGCUUGGGCAUUAUGGAUAUGUCGUACCCCGAUCAAAGUUCAUGGAAACUCUGGAUUGGUACCACCGUCUGAUGAACUUGAAGCCGACCGAUACGGUCUACGAUCCGAAAACGCUCGAGGACGAAACCACGUUCAACCACAUUGAUCUGGGAGACGAGUAUACUGACCACCAUUCAUUCUUCCUCGCCGCCGGACCAGACCACAAACCUGCACAUAUCCACCACUCCAGCUUCGAGAUCAGUGAUUUUGAUACACAGAACCUGGGCCACGACUGGCUCCGGCUGCACGGCUGGACCAAUUGCUGGGGCAUCGGACGGCAUGUCCUUGGAAGCCAGAUCUUUGAUUACUGGUUUGAUGCUUCAGGCAAUAUCGUGGAGCACUAUGCGGACGGAGACCUCGUAAACCAACACACGCCCUGUGGCCGAGAGCAUGCCGCUCCCGGUACGCUUCACGUUUGGGGCCCUAACGUGCCUCUGGCAAUGCUCACAGGUCGUAUGGAGGACGCUGGCAAGACGCUGAAUGCCAUGCCAGAUGUGGAGUCUUCGAAGCCCGCCGACUUUGGUGAUACUACAAAUCCUGCAGGGCAAAUCAAGGUCGCGGCAGCUUGAGGAGUCAUGAUUAAUACAACGUGGCCGCCAAUAAAGACAGCGAAACAUGGCAUUGCAUGAAUCAGAGCACUGGAGCAAGCAAGGUCAAGUUGGACAACCCUUUUUACGGUCAG